CGCAUAUCUGAUACAUCACGACAAAAAUCUCUAAAAUCUCCAUCCAUGCAAAAUGAGAAUGCAACACCCGGUAGCUUACCACAGCGGGGCCGACCACCUUCCACUGAGCGCAAAGUGUCAGCCUCGACUCAUCCACAUGUCACCAUUGAGCCGCUCUCACCGUCCAAGAGGGUCAGAGUGAAUGACCACCGAUCAUUGGAUCCAACAAUGCCCUCGAUGAAUUCUGGAACUUUCGGACUCGGCUUUGGAACUCAACAGUCACCACCCCCAGCGGCAUUCCCUACCCAAACCUCGGGCUCCUACACAUGGUACCCUAAGUCUCCUUGGUCUACGAUGUUGCCCAGUUCAGCUUCAGCACCUAACCUCAUGUCCGACUAUGGUGAUCGGCCUAUAACUAUGUGUGAGGUCUGCGGAAGCUCGAGGGUCAGUCGCUCAACCCGAGCCGAACAACAUAGAAAGCAGCACCUAGCUAGAAAAGUGGAGGUUGUCUUUGAAGUCUUGCGCGCUCAGCAGCUCACAAUUGGGGACUGCUUGAUGACCAUCGUGGACCAGGAUGAGCUGCUCAAGAAGGACAUGAGCCCUUCCACAAGGACCGAGAUAAUGUGCUUCCUGCAAGGCCAGAGGAAGUCAAACCGACCGUUAGAUUUUGUACGCGCGAUUACCAAACACCCAAUGGCUCGCUAUGGAAGAAAGGACAGGCCAACGCAUAGUGUACCUUCAUAUGGAAUCCCAGUGAAGUUCCCCCAGUCCGAGGAGAAUGUGAAUGUGCCAUGUGUCAGGAAGUCGCGAGUAUUUACCGAUAGCUCAUUUGAGGCACUCCAGAAGUAUUUUGUUGAGCAAGUUAUCGAGUGUGUUCAGUGGGAGACCGGACAGCUACAAAGGGAGCCGUCAUUACGCAACCUGGACAAUGAGAAGCAAGGCUUCUCAUGGGAGACCAUAAACGAGUUCUCUGUGGAGGAGACACAGCGGGUGAUGAUGACAAGAGCGCCAGUCAUUUGGACAAUAUUAACAACAAUUGCUGUUGGCGAUGAGAGGGCGAUGUCGCUGAAGGGACAUGCAGCAAGCGGGAAGAGAGAUGGGAAAGGUUCAAAUCAUGUCCGAGAUCCGUGCCUUGUGAGUUCGAUUUCAUGA